GCAGUCAGUGCUCGGUGUCAAAGCACGGUGCGCGUCUCGCUGAACGCUUCAGAGAGAAUUAUUACACAUAUGGUGCAUUUCUCCGUGGACUUUCUGCACAACAGUCACUCUUUGAGUUGUUAGAGUAAAGCAGUCUACGAGGAAAUAAACAUGUGCAACACAGAGGAGAGUUGUGCUGUGCUUGGCUCGAGGCAGCGGGCUCCAGGGCCUCUGUGGUGCUCCGAUGCCCCUCUCCCACUAACGAAGAUCCCGGGUGGGCGAGGGACAGGCAGGGAUCUCCCUCACAGCGUACUUCACAAGGACGAAAAGCUGACAGUGACUCAGGCGGGAUCAGUAAGCGGAGCGCCCCCAGUCCUGCACUUCCAGUACCAGCUGAGCGAGCGACGGUUCUCCUGCUGGGACACGGUUCUUUCAGACGAUGCACUCUACCUGGAAAUCCCUGCUGGAGCUCUCCACAAUGGCAGCAAAGAAGGUUUCACCAGGCUUCUGGAGUUUGCAGAGGAGCAGUUGAAAGUCAGCUAUGUGUUCCUGUGGCUUCACAAAAACAGAGACGAUCGAUUGUCCAUCAUGAAGACCUUCCACUACAUGGGUUUUGAAGUGGUGAAACCUGGUCACCCGCUGGUGCCGGCCCGGCCCGAUCUUCUCUUUAUGGUCUAUUCCAUAGACAGCAGUAGUUCUGAUGAAGAGUGAGCAUCACACUCUCACUCACUCUUAAAAUGCCCCCACCCCUCUUGCCCCUUCUCACCUCUGCAUCAAAGUGACUUUUAGGAUGGGGGUAGGGGCGAAGCUGGGCCAUCUAACACUCUGAUUGGUUCAGUUUCUGUUAUUAACCCACCAAUCGAUUCUGAUUGGUCGUUCCAUCAGCAGGAGGUGGGUUGGUGCUAAAGCAAAAAUCCAGCAUAUCCUCUCUGUUAAUUCACAUCAUAUAUCAAACUGUCUAUACUGUGGUGUACUCUUAUGUGUGGAACAUUCAGAACAGGAUACAGAUCGCAGACAUGGUAGUGAUACUUCUUAAAGAAGGGAAUGCAUUUGUAAUUGAUUGUAAACCGUUUCCAGUGGCUUAAGGUGGUGAAAUCAGGAAUUUAUUUGUUUAUUCCAGUUUGACAGUCUUUUCUGCUCUGGUUUUACUCUUCUUUAGGAGUUACAGCUGUAACUUUUACUAGUUCACUGUACUCAGAUGAAGCAAGGUGAAGCAAGCUGAAUAGCUCUCAGCUCAUACUCGACUCACUUCAACAGCACAAUUAGCUCUUAUAACACUCGUUAGGAUUUAUGCUGCGUUCCAUUCAACUCAACUUUUGAAUAUCCACCUUCCUACUUAGAAAAGUGCAAUCGAACGCACUUGAAGUCUAUAACGUCACAGACGGCACCUGAGAUGUGCACAGUUAUUGCUAAACAUUCACUUUUAUGUACAUAAAACACAUUGAUAAGUCAAAGUUCCCACAUUAUAUUACCAAUAAAACCAAGAAACGUUGCAGUGACGUGUGUAAAACCCACUAAAUGAUCCUCACUGUUGAUAAUCUCGCAUCUGUAAAACGAAAGCUAGCAUUGCAUAUUAAUAUCGUCAGAACGUCAUGCAAUAAAUGGCUUUAUUUUUGGAAGUCAAAGAUAUUACGUACGAAAAAUAUCUUGCAUUAAACAUUGGAUGGAACGCAGCAUUCUACAGUAUCAUUCCAGACCCCAACAAUGCACUUGAGUGUAAGUUUAGGUUGAGUUUAGUUGAAAUUUUUCUCAGUCUGGUUGUGAGGUUUGCUUUUCUUUGAGUAGAAGUUGUUCAGUCAGGUCCGUUGCUUUUAUUUCUUUUAAAAUGAAGCCAGACCUGAAAACUCCUAGAUGCAUGAGCAUGUUUGUGAUGAAAUCAUUCUAGUUUUAAAAAUCCUGAAGGUCCUGGUAUCCUCAUUUUUAUUUAGGGAGAUGCAUAGACCUUCUACAUGAGUCUUACCGUAAUCCAUCACAGCAUUUGUCUUCACCAUCCCAAAUCAACAGGAAACAUGAGAGCAAACCAACCACACCCUCUGCCCCUCAGGGGCUUUAACACAAGCACUUUAGGAAAACACAAGCAAUUCAGCCCACGGUGCAUUGCACAUCCAUUAGACAGAGAUGUACUUUGAGCCGUCAAGAUGUCUUGCAGUGUUUAGUGAACUUGACAUACUUGCCAAAGAUAAUGGUCUCCAUUCAAAGCGAAAGCCUCAAGUUUCAUUCAGAUAAGACUGGUGAACCUACCUUAGCAGCACCUUCAGAUAGUAGGAUCGGUCCCGGCGCAGUCAGGUAAAACAUGCAAAAACAUUCCCUGGAGCGGAAGUCUCUGUUUCUUUGAUUCUUGGUCAUCUCUGUGGAAAUUAGGUGCAAUGAAUUCAGUUCUGUAUACUUCUCAGCAGGGUGGCCUUUAGGUUUUGCAUGUGUAAAUAGACCUAACUUUUCCUCAUGGGCUGUGACAAUAAGCUUUUAGAGAAUGUUUUUUGUUCAUCCACUUAAAUUUUAUUUUUAUCUAUAUGAUUUUAUUUUGUCUAUAUUGAUAGAUUUUUUUGUAGUGUAGACUUUAGCGUAAAUCAGAAAUCAUUUAAUGACAAUCUACACU